UUAGCAAUGCUAUUGAAGUCAUAAUGCAUGAUGAUAGAUGGGCACAUCUACAGUCUAAUGGAGAGCAUGAUAUUACUAAUAAUUCUGGAAUGGAUCAUGAUUUCAGUUGCAGUACUCCAAGCAGAUCAAAUAAGCGUUCAACUUCACAAGUGGAGUCACCAGAUAUAUCUAUUGUUGUCAGUAAUGCUAAGAGACGAAAAGUGUACAAAGUAACACCAAGCCGUAAGGAUGCUGUUAAUGCAUACGCUCGAAAAAGCAAGAGAAAAAUAGCAACAGAAUGUUUAGCUGAUAAAAAAUCAAGGCAGUACACUUUGUCGAGCAUCAGUAGAACUAUUGAAACCGAAGUUAAGAGGAUGAGUAGCGUCAACUCCAUUCUAUGUAGUCAGUCACCAGAUCAUUUGAAGUUUUUUCAUUGGGAUAUGAUUUAUAAUGAAUUACAAAGUAAAGCGCCUGUUCUUUUACAAUUUCUCGUGUCUGCUACAAACACAAAAACCAAACGAAAGAAUAGAAUUGCUGUUAUUUGUACCUGUGCUGCAAUAAUCUUAAAGUAUCGUUAUAGAAAUUUGAAUUUGCUUCAAAAGGUCUUAUCCCUAAUAUUGUAUUCUAGCCAUUGUUCAAAGAAGGUAUAUUCAAGAUUUAAUGCUAUUGAACUCACUGUGUCUCAUACUUCUGUGAUUGAGUUAGUCAACAGUCUUGGGAAAAAUCAUGACGAAGAAGUAAUGAAAUGGAGAGAUGAUAUUGCUGGUAUAAUGGACAAAGAUGAUAGUAGGCAGCUUGCAAGCUUUGUUUUACCUGUAUCUGAUGAUGAAUGUGAUGGUUGCAUGUGUGAGUCAACUUCUAGUAAUUACUCCAUCUCUAGCUAUGAAUUCGAUUCUACUGAUUUUUCAGAUAUAAAUUAUGCUGGUACAAGUGUAUCUGAUGAAGAUGAUGCUAUGGAACUCUCAACUAGCACAAUAAACGUUGCUGCUGAAACAGCAUGCAUAGCCUCAACGACUGCAUUACCACCAAAUGAUGGUUUACAUACACUUGCAGACUUAGAGCCUUCUAUUGAUGUUGAUGACAAUGGUGUAGAUCCAUUAACUAGCACUGCUAAUAAUGCAGGAACACACAUCACAACAAGCACCACAGCAUUACCACUUAACGAUGACAUGGAUACAGUAGCUGAGCUUUCAAACAAUUCAUCCUUGAGACAUAAAUCUUAUAAGCUAGUGGGUGACAAUAUUGAUAAGAAUGUCACACCAAGGUAUAUGCGAUUAAAUCGGAAAGUAAAAUCACUACACUACUUUCACUGUUACGCCGUGCAAGAUAGAAUUUAUCAUGACCUUCCUAAGGAAAGAUUACCAUCAUGUAUGCCUUCACCAGAUGCAGUAGCUCAGUCACUUUUGCCUUCACCUGAUGAUGACGAAAUCUUGAAGACAAAUAUAAAAAUACUUUUUUCUCGAAUACUGGUCGAAAUUCUACCUUUCUUUGAAUUAUGUUUCUCUGACAUUAUUCCAAAUCACAUUGAGCACAAGCAUUACAAAGAAAUGUCAUCUAAAUCAGUUGUAGUCCCUCUUGGUAUCAUACCAAAAAAUGAAAAUAAAAUCAAAGACAUGGUCGAAAUAUUGGAUCAUUUCCAUCAAUAUGUCCCUCAAAUUGAAUACCAAGUGGAUCAUUGUGUGAAUGAUGAAAGUGAGGUUGUUCACGAAGCAAAAACACAUGGCAUAUUUUUUGGAGGUGACCAACUUUCUGUUGCAAGAACACGAUCAGCACUUAGAAUAAGACAUAACAGUGAUACGCCUUCCGUUCGCCUUGAGGGAUUCAUUCCUGCCAUUGAAGACUGGCAUGCAAAAUUAACAUUGUUUGAAGUAAUUUGGAAGUACUUUUUAUCACAAAAGUCAGCAUCAGAUCACGGUACCAUGUACCAGAUAAGAAAUCUGAUUGGUCGAUCUAAUGUUACUAUAAAGCCAAAACAUGCCAUGAAUGCAUGUGAAGAUUUCUUAAUUUUAGUUCUCCGUAGCUACAUAACAUCUGCAGCAAUGAAAGUGCUAGAGAUCACAGAUGUUAACGAAACUCCAUCAUGUAUACCACCAGAUUUAUGGCUUCAAAAAAAAGAUGUUCGUAAGAAGGAAAUGGAUUCAAUUCUAACCAAGAUCGUUCACAAAUUUUUAGAUGUUGGAUAUAAUGAGUCAUCAGCUGAUUCUGCAGAUGGUGUCUUUACUUACGUGAAACAACUAAUGAGCAUGGGCAGUUUAUAUUUAGAGUUUUCUGAUGCUGUCAAGGAAGGCGAUGGUGACAGAGUCCUCCGCUGUUGGCGCUAUUUCCUUAUUAUUUUUCACAAUGCUCAUCGGAAGAACUAUGCAAAGGAAAGUAUUCAUCUAUUACACAAUUAUCAAUAUUUGCUUACACCACAACAGGCAGAACAAAUGAAGUAUAAUCGAUUUGUAAAUACAAGUGGAUUUCCAGGAAGGAAUAUUAGUGCCGAUCUUCACAUGGAACAUCUUAAUCGAGAAGUCAAGAGUUGCAUUGCUUUCUUACAAUCAAAUAAAUCAGAGCAAGCAAUAGUUCGUAUUGGUAAGGCAAUUGGAACGCUAGCACCAGUUUUAGAGCAGUUUGAUAGCAUUAAUGACAUAGAGACUCAUCAUACAAGACAUAAGACUGCUUCUAUGAAAAAGGAUAUACUCCAUGUUGUAGAUCACAUCAACACAUGCAAUGUCUUUUCUGAAAUACCUGGACGAAAGCUGAAUUGUUUUUUAAACAUUUCAUCUUUAUUACAUAAGAAAUCAAAAACUGAACUAAUUUCUUACAUUAAAACACAUACACAAUAAUUUACUUUAAUGUUCAUUAUUUGACUGACAAAUGUCACAGCA